UGCCAGACUUCACUCUGUAGCCUCGGCUGAGAGGACUUGAGAGGUAAGACUGUGAUCCAGAGCUCAGCCCCAGACCUGGUCUGGAGGAGGUGAGAGCCUCAUCUGCUGCUUGAUACAGGAUAUUGCCCUGGAACUUGAGUCAGGGACCUGCUGGUGGGAAGAAACCACGACCAGUGGAGUCGCACUUCUCUGUUCUUUGGAUUUGGCCUGACCUCAGGCAGUCUGGAGAUUGGAAGGAGCUCUACCCAUUGGAGCCUUUCUCUAUAAGACAAGACAAUAUACAACUGCAACAUGCCCUCCAUGUUUGAGAGAACUACCAAGAAAUUGGUCAAAGCGAUCGGAGACCAAGAGUUCAGACCUGUCAAAUGCUUGCUGAGUGCCACCAAGAUACGCCGGUUUUCUCUAAUACAGAGGAAGAAGGCUCGCUCUCGGUUUUGGGAACUACCUGAUGUUCCACUUGAUGUUUCCCUCAUGCACAUCCUUGAACCAGGUUCUUCAGUCCCAGACGCUGCUGUGAAAGUGUCUGCGGACUUCAGUGACACUGAGGUCAUGAAGCAGCAGGUGGCUGGGAAAGUGAAUGCUGGGGCAGAAGCGGGCUUCUCGGAGGAGACUGCUGUGAGCCGAGGGUCCUCCCUCGAGUACCAGAUUGUUAGCACCCCACACGAAACCUGGGACAAGCUUCAGGAGAGGGAACUGCCGGACCCAGAGCUGGACUUCCUGAGGCAAUGCCGGGAAGCAGGGGUGAAUCUGUAUGUUGUCACCGACACCGUGGAGCUGCGCAACAGCCCUGUGCUGCCGGAUCUCAGCAGCAAGAAGCUCUCAGGGAAAUUAUCCCUCCAUGUGAGUAUUUUUGUCAAGGGUGAAGGACAGGCAGAGGAUAUCAAAGUGAGAGAGAAGCAGCUGACUGUGCCGAAGGGCUCGGUGCUGGCGUAUAAGAGGAAGAAGCUGGUUUUCUACAGAAGAGGCUGGAGUAAGCAGAGGCUGAAGGAGGCAGUGGGGCAUGGGGGCCUCCUUCUCCUGGGAAGAGAAAUGAGAAGGGGAGACCAUCAUCAGGCAACCUUGGCCUCUCUACCUGUUCAGAGAGAAGCAGCCUUUCCCAGCUGUCCAGGGCACACAUAUCACCACUACCCGGCUUCUUCCUACCUAGGCAUUCUUCACAUCACAGGUGAUGAUGAUGGUGAUGAUGAUGAUGAUGAUGAUGAAGAUGAUAAUACCUUUUCAGCAGCUACGUCCAACAACGUGAUGGAGCUUUAUGGAAGAUAUCUAGCAACUACGUCCAACAACGUGAUGGAGCUUUAUGGAAGAUAUCUAGCAAUAGGUCCAUUCCCAUUACCAAAGCUAAUCUGGAAGCCCCAGUGGGCAAAUUUCCAGCUGCUACAAGAGGAGGUUUCCCAGAAGAUAAACGCAGCCGAGCUAUCAAGGGACAUGCAAGGUGUUGUGUUCUCCAACCUCCUGGCCAUGCUUGGGGACCGCGAGGCUCUUCAGAACCUCAUGGACAAGAGUGGUUUAGAAAGAGAAUGGGGUUGGCCUCCCAGAGCCCCGAAAUGGCUGCAUGUUCUGCUGGCUCAGUCUAUGGAGAAGAGGAUCCUCCUCCCACAGAGGGACCUGGUGAGAAGCAUCCUGGAGCCCAACCUCAACUGCUUCGAGAUCACUCCCUUUACACUCCAGCCUGAGCUCCUGGCCCCACUCCAGGGGGAGGACUUGGCCAUUACCUAUGGGCUGCUGAAAGAGCGUGGCCUGAAGAUAAAGCUGAACAGCCCCAGGUCAACCUGGGACCCGGAAGCCAAGGAGUCCAUGUCUGCCCUCUAUGGGGCCCUCUCUGUGCUCAAGCAGCUGGCUGAGGCCUGAGCCAUCCUGGGAGGCAGGCCAGGGUGUCGGUCCUAGUCCUGUCCUUUGCUGCAAACACCCCCAGGCUGUUCUCUGUAUCGAUGAGUUUGUAUCUAUUCCACAAAUAAGUGAUAAGUCUUUGUCUUUGAUUUAUUUUGCUUAGCACAAGACCUUCAAGGUUGGUCCAUGUUGUCACAAACCACAGGCGACUCUGGCUGCUGAGUGGGGGAUGGGUUGGAAGGUGGGGGCCCACAUGGAUGUAGGGAGAACAUUGAAGGAGUUUCUCUAAUUGCCCAGGCACUGAGUGGUAUAUUUUAAAAGAUCAGUGGUAUAUCUGAAAAGGUAGGAGCUUGAAAAGUAGAUAUAUUUAAUUCUGGUUGAAAUAGAUCCCAGGAAUACUUGGGGGAUAUACAUGUAAACUCAUAGGAUCACAUUCUGUGCUUCAUCUAUUGAAUGACCUAGAUUGGCGCUAUUUUCUAAUGAAUUUAUAAUUGACACCAGAAGGUGGCAGCAUUGACACACAGAAGGAAGCUUGUUGGUGAUGGCACUUUCCUUGAUUUGCUUUGGGACUUCUGAGUUAAAGGCAGACUGCUUUCUCUGCUCUGCUCUCCCAUGGCCCUCCCUGCCUUUUCCCUUCUCCUUUGCUGCCUCCCUGCUGCAUUUAACGUGGAAUAGGCUGGGAGAAAUGGGGCCGGGGCAGAGGGGGUCAACACUGGCUUCUUUUUAUAGCCUCUAGAACCUUCCUUUUAAACACUGCAUUGGUUGUAUUGAAUAAUUCCCAUAAAGAGCUCUGGGAGGUAAGAGUGAGUUAUGGGGAACUUAGAGCUGUUUCCAGUGUUUCCGGAAACGCCAGCCCUUUGGCUGGGAUUACUAUGGUUCUGUGGGAAACCUGUUGUCUCAUGCUGAGCCCAGGCAGAAGCCCUGAAGAGCUUGAAUGUCGCUCAGUGAGCAGGGUAUAUAGUUUCUAAAUGAAUUCAGCCAAGCACAGGAACUGUUUAAAAUAUUGCAACCUUAGUCAACCCAUUGGAAAGCAGGGCUGGUGCAAAUGGUAGGGGGACUUAUAAUCUGAUAGAGAGAGCACCUGCAUUAAUCUGAAAAAUAAUCACAUCAUUUUAAAUCUUAGAACACAUAUACUAGUACUUAUGUGAAUAGGGGGUUAAGUUGUUCCUAAGUUUUCUUUCCAAGGCCUGUGGGAAGGGAUGGAGGAGGUGACUCAGCUGUGAACCCAGCAAGCAGAACCAAUAAGCAUGGUCAGACAGACCCACCAGGAGUCAACACAUCAUCUCAUCAACAUCAUCUCAUUUCCUGAUGACUAAGGACAAUAACUGACAUCUGGGGAACCCCAGGGCUGCGCAUAGCUGCAUUCCAUCCCCAGCCUCACCCCAGCCCCUUCCCCUGUAUAACCCUGCCCCUCAUUGAAUACUUGUAAGCACCCUCUCUUCUUGGUUGGCUGGCCUUCUCAAUAAAUGUCUUCUAUGAUUA